AUGAACAAUAUAAGAUGUUUCUAUGGUCGUUGCAUAAUAACACCGCCCUGGUUUUGGUGCAGCACUCGUUUCAGCUGCAGGAGGAUCUUGAUCAUGUUUCUUGGAGGCAGACAUUAUGCAAUGUCAUAACACAGCGGUGAUUGUUCCCCUGCACAUCGUGGAGUGUCCCGCUGGAGCAACAGGAAAACAUCCCCCUCCUCCUCCUCCUGCAGGGUCACAGCAGCCCCCAGCCCGGGCUUUAAAACCAAGCUGCAGCCAGAUCUCAUAGCACCUCCUCCUCCUCCUCCUCCUCUUCCUCCUCCACCCUCCCACCUCUACCCGUCCUCCUCCCCUCCCUCCGUCCUCUUCAGCCGAGGAGCGUCACCGUCGGUCUCCUGGAUGCGUCCAGCCGGAUCUCGCCCUCCCUGCUCACUGUGAUUUAUUCUGCGCUGUUUGGAGCUGGUUAAAACCAAACAGAGGAAGGUUUCUCUCCAGCCAUGCAGAAGGUGGAAGGACGGGUAACUCCGGUCAACCUGCCUUCUUCCAGGGGCCCGAGCGCCCCGGGGUCUCCUGCCACGGGCAUCAUGGCCCGAGUGAACGACCAGGUGGUGGGCUACAGAGACCUGGCAGCUCUGCCCAGAGAUAAAGCCAUCCUGCAGGUGGAGAGACCAGACCUGAUGACCUACCAACCACACCUGACCUUCUCCCCGCUCGACCCGCCGCGCAGAGAGCGAUCUCUCUCUCCUCCCUCCACAUCGCCCACCAUGUCUCCUGAGGUGAAGGGACGCAGAGCAGAGAGUGACAGUGGUUCUCCUGGAGGAUCAACGCUGCAGCUCAACGCUGGACGCAAGAUCAGCACCAGCCUGCAGCAUUUCCACAGACCAGAUAAUGGAACCAACAUCUACAGGAAACCUCCCAACUACAAACAGGACGGUAAACAUGUGGAGGGCAGCGGAGUCAUCCAGUCCGCAAAGUUUCCUGCAGCUCAGCCUCCGGAUCCCAACCAGCCCUCCAAGAUAGAGACGGAGUACUGGCCCUGCCCCCCCUCGCUGGCAGCCAUGGAGAUCGAGUGGAGGAAGAAGAAGGAGCUGCCGGAGGAAGAUGAGUUUGAGGACCUGACAGAAGAGGCCAAGACGCUGCAGGAGCAGGAGCUGGAGAAGAUCAAGUCCAACCUGGGACGUCUGAUCCUGAAGGAGGAGAAAGAGAAAGCCGUUUAUCGGAGGAAGACACAGUCGCUGCCCGACAGAACACACAUGCACACCAGUUUGUCAGCGAGUGCAUCAAAGUCUCCUUCACGUUCAGGCUCAGGCUUGACCAGAAUGCAGUCUGCAGAGUUCUCCACAGACGGAGACAAAGGACCAUCAGCUGCUCAGGACGGAGACGCUCGCAGGGAGAGGAUGGACAGAGGAAACUCUCUGCCGAGCAUCCUGGAGCAGAAGGUGUUUCCCUAUGAAGCUCUGGUUGUGACCCACAGAGGGCGCUGUAAGCUGCCGCCAGGGGUGGACCGCACUCGACUGGAGAGACACCUGGAUCCCGAGCAGUUCGAGCAGGUGUUCGGGAUGCCGAUGGCCGAGUUCGACCGCCUCUCUUUGUGGAAACGAAAUGAACUGAAGAAGAAAGCCUCACUUUUCUAACAGGAAGUGACAUCGUUCCCGACUAAUACUUGACGAAGCACCUGCUUUGAAAGGAGGAGGAGGAAGAGGAGGAGGAGGAGGAGGAGAGAACCCAGGCCAUAACAUCAGAUAUCCAGCCCUUCAUCACGUCCAUUCACACCAACACGUCCUCCAUCUAACUAACCAAUCACGUCCCUGGAUGUGAGCCGGCCCCCGAGGAUCAGACAGAGUGUUUACUGAAGGCUGGUCCUGAUUAACCCUUUACUCUGGCUAACCUUAACGAUGCACUGACACUCACAUAUUACCUGUGCUGCACUUAUACUCACUGCUCGCAAAUCAUCCUCAUUACCUGUCUGCAUCAAACACCGCCGCCAUCCUCAUCCUCAUCAUCAUCAAUAUCAUCAUCAUCAUCACCAUCACCAUCAUACUUGUGUAUUGUCUCUGCAGAGGUCUGUAUCAUGAGGGGAGGUUAGCAUGUUAGCAUGUUAGCAGCUCUCUUUGGGUUUAACUCAGGUGUUCUGGACUCAUGAAGCUGGUUCACCUGUCGGAAACAACUACUGACCAAUCAAAUCGCUGGAAAAUCAUUUCUACAGGAUCCUGACAGGGACAAAAGCUCUGAGUUUAUAAUAAAGUCACAAGAAAUAAAGAACGAGUGACAUUUUUAAAAUGAUCAGAACAAUCACUUCUACUCCAGCCUGAUUGAAGAUUUCUGACGGUGUCAGUUGCUUUAAAUCUUUGUAACUGACUUCAUGUGAACCCACAUUAAAUGCAAGAUGCUAAUGCUAAUGUAGCAUCCAUCUGUUUAGUCCACACUGACUGACAGCUGAUAUUUACUGGACCAAAACAAGUUUUCAUGUCGACUCAGCAGGAAGAAAUCAGCUGUUUUUAUCUGUUUAUCUGCCGAUAGUGGAAUCAGAAAACUCACAUCCAGAUCAAUCAUUAAUCAGAUAUUUACACAACAACACAGAAGUGACGCUGCCCCCUCUGGUCAUGUGCUGAAUAGCAUCUCUCGUAGCAUUAAAGGGUGUUUGGAGGUUUCCUGCCGGGAGCGAGUUGCUGUGGAGCUUCAGCCAUUGUUGCGUUUACAAGACGCGACGCUCCAAAGGAACGCAGGACAGACAGGACAGGGCUAGCUAGUUAGCAUGCUAACUUCAGGAGAAGAAAAGACAUGACAGAGACAAGAGUCAACAUCGGUGUUUGUUUCCACCUCUGGAGACAGAUGUUGGUGAGUGAAGGAUUGAAGUUUGAUGCUGAACUCACAACGUUUCUUCUAGACUGGCAAAUAAACAGCUGCUAACGCUAACAUUAGCUUUGUAGCAACGGCAAAAAUCUCAUAUUUCUACGGCGUCUUAUUCUGUGAUUAUGUUGUUUAUAUUUCACGAGGCUGUAAAUCUCUUUUUAUGGUCUAAAUCAUUAAUGGAGGUGGUCUGAGGACCGGACCAGUUCAGAACCAGCUUCAUGAGACCAGUUAUCAGGAUGAAAACCAGGAGCCCUGACAGAACCAGACCCAGUUAAACUCUCCUCAGGGUCCAGGCCUCUGACGUGUGUCAGCUGCUGUCACAUAAUAAACAUGUAACAGAUAAUAAAUCUAUUUAUUACGUGAAGCUUUUAAUUUAUUUGAUGAUUGUAAUUUUUACUGCCACGACGUCGUCAGCUGCUGUGAAGUUUUUUCAUUUCUGCUGUACAGUUGUUUUUUUUUUAUUUAACGAGCACUCGCCGACGACUUCAGUCCUCGCUUUAACUCGCCGCCAACAUCUUCCCGCUAAUUUCAGCAUCCAGACAUUUUAAAGGAGUAGUCCGCACUAAUCAACAUGGUAGCGUCUGUAUUGGAUGGUGUCUUGAGGUACAAACGUCUCUGCCGUCGUCUCCGUGCUCGGUCUUCACGUCCUCUUUGUUUCUGUUGUACGAUGUGAGGGAGUCAAAUAAAGCCGAGAAAAACGUUCAA